CUCUGCUUCACUGUGGGCCUCCAUACAGGGCACAGCUGCCUCACCAUGGUCUUCACUAUGGUGCAGGGAAUCUCUGCUCAGGCUCUGGGACCAUGUCCUCCCCUUCCUCUUGGUGUCUGCAGAGCUGUUUCUUUCCCAUAUUCUCAUUCCUCUCUUUUGGUUGCUGUUGCACAGUAAAUUUUUCCCCUUCUUAAAUCUGUUACCCAGAGGUGCUAGCACUGUCCCUGAUGAGCCCAGCCUUGUCCAGCAGUGGGUCCAUCCUGGAGCCAGCUGGCACUGGCUCUGUUGGACAGGGGGAAAGCUUCAGCAGCUUCUCACAGAAGCCACACCUGCAGCCUCCCAGCUACCAGUGUCUUGUCACAUACACCUGAUGCAGAAGUUCUCGGUUACUUUGGUGCACCUAUUUCUGAAAUGAAUGAAGGCAUUAUUUUAUUUCUCUGAAAAUCUUGGCCUUUGCUUUCUUGCCACUUUUCUUACCUCACAGUUCUGAUGUUGCUUAUCUAGAGGCAUAAUACUGAAAUCUUGGAGACUGGCUUCAGUGUGGCGUCAUGCAUGCUUUUCACUGUUGCUCAAGGUUCCUGUCAGGAUGGGAAAGUUCUUGCCCCUUGAGUCCUUUUUCUUUUACAGGGAAUUGCUUUCAUUAAAAGGCAAAUCAAAGAAUGAGUAAGGUUGGAAGGGACCACAGUGGGAAAUCAAUUUACUUUAGUUUACUAUAUGUUUAAUUAAAUAUAUGGGAAUUAUUGUUUGUUACAGCAAAAAUUUCUCUUGAUCUAGUUACUACAGUAAUGCUGAGGUAUUUUGUAAAUAAAAGGAAUAUUAAUUCAUAGAAUCAUUUAGAUUGCAAAAGACCUUUAAGAUACUUUAGUUGAGCCAUAACUCCUUAUACAUUUUUUCUUUCUGAGAAUAAUUACAUCAUUUCAAUAUCUGCUUUUAAAAAGGUGCUUAACUUUACCCAUAAAUUUUUAGUUGAUUUUGUUUGAGCUCAUCUUACUGUAACCUAAUAUGCAAUCAAAUUACUUGCAAGCCUGAGUUUAUAAAUUUAAGCACUCUGUGAUUGAUAAACUGGGCAAUGGAUUAUCUUUAGAAAUAAAUGAGGAUGUGAUCCUGUCAAGGUCAGACCAUACUAAAAUAAUGAAUUUUCUGUAUAUAAUAACGAACUAUGAAAAAACCCCAAACCCUAACACCUUUUCACCUGUACGUGCUCCGUUUAUGCACAUAUAGAGGCUCACUGGAAUUCAACAGUAUCUUCUAGUGUCUUCACUGGGCUUAUCUCAAGUUGUUCUGUUGAUGAAAUUUGUCAUCUUUAGCUUCAUCUGGAUCAAAAUGCAACACUGAGAGGUGCUAUAGUGAGUUCUCUUUCCUGCCAAAUUCCUAACUGCCUUCACUGUGAGACCUGUUUCAUGAACUGGCUGUGUGCAGUGCUGGUGAGUGGUACGUGCAGUGAAUGUCUGACCUAAAAGUGUCAGACAAUUCAUUGCCUGUGGUAAUGCUGUGUCCAAAAUAAAGGCAAGAAAUCUUCAGAGCAGAUGGUUCAGUUUUUUGUCAUAAAUCUCAGUCACAAUAGCUUUGAUUGUUAAGAACUACUAGAAAAUUGCCUCUAGCAAGAGAACAUUUUCCUAACAGCAGAAGAGGCUUUCAUAAGUUCAAAGAUGGGUAUAUUAAUCACUUUCAUUCAGUAAAGGAAAAAAAUGAAAGGAGGUGAAUUAAUGAGUUCUACUCCCUGGAUGUGUCUGAAAGUGCAUAUUUAGAAAACUAAAGUGUACAUUAUUUUAAUAUGGAGAUAUCUAAUUCAGAAGAAAUUUUCAAUUUCUUCUGAGGACACAGCUGGCUUAAAUCUGAUUAUAUGACAUGCAUUUGAGUAUCUCUUUCAACAGAAAUGACUUUUUUUUACAACAGUCAUACACAAAGUGUGCAUUGGGCUGUGGUCUGUAGAAAUUGAGUCAGUUUUCCUAGAGUGACAAAAGCAUGAUAAUUGUACUAGAUUGCAGGUAGAGUGCCUAGUAAGGAAUAUCUGUUGAUAUAACCUACUUGUAUAAAAUUAGUUGAAGUUUCUUGAUACUUUCCUGUAUACUUUGAAAGGUCAGAUGUCUGGUAGUUUGGUUACUGGUAGAUGUUUAAGACCAUAACAAACCAGUAUUUUGGUCAUCUGAGCCAAGAACAAGUGCCAAACCAGCAAUAAUAUCAUUUUAGAACUGAAUAUUACUGUUAAAUAAUUAGGGAAUGACAGAAUCACAGCCUUGAGUCCUCUUUUUGACAACUUUGUAUUAUUUCUUAAUGCAAGUCAUCCAUAUUAUUUAAUUCAAAUAACUAUAGUUAUUUCUGUGACAGAGCAAUAUGAGACCAAGUAGUUAAAACAUAAAUAUAUUUUUGGCUAUUCUCAGUUAAGGACUAUUAGAAUUAUUAAAAUUAAAUAGCAAUAACUUUUUCUAGGAGUUCCGAAUCACAGUAGUGAGGUAUAAAUUAUGGAGUGGGGCUUCUUAUAAAUAAAAUUUUGUGUUGCAUCCCUAACUAUAGGGUAUUGGGAUCUAAACACAAUUAAAAUUAUAUUCUAAACUGUAUGUAGUUAGAAUAUUGAAUAGCUUUGAUUACCAUUCAUGAGAGGAAUUAUGUUUAAACAGUUUUAUGUUUCAAACCAGUAGGACUUUUAUCUUCUGCCUUAGAAUCUAUUUCUUUAUUGAGUUUAGUUAAUGAAGUAACUAACAAAAGUACUUUUUAAAAAAUUGAGACUGAAGGCUGUCAUCUUUGUUCUGAGGCUUAAGUCUUAGGCUAUUCUUUACAAGUUUUUCCCACUUCUGUUUUUCAGUGCUGCUCACAGGAGAAUUAUUCUCUGCCCAGGUGCUGUGCAAGCUGCAGCCCCCAGCCCCGUGGGCGCUUCCUCCCUCAUUUACUGCCGGGGUGCACGGGUGCUUUUAGCACCUGUGAGUUUCUGAGCUGUGUUCACUUCUAUUGAAGUCGAGGAAAGAAAAAUAUCUAACAGCUUUUGAUGUUAGGCUAACCACUGGAUCAUACGUUUUCAUCCUUUUUUGUCAUAAUUUUUAUUUAAGUGCUAAGCAAUCCAGAAAGACCCAAACCCAGUUUUUGCACUGAUGUCAGUUAUCUUCAGUGUAAGGAGUUAGUUUUGAGGAUUUCCAGUGAUGCAGAUUUUAUUUGACCAGAUUCUGAUGCUCAUAUUAAGUAUUUCUUAUAUCCAGUCUCUCAAUUGAUUUAUUAUGCUUUUUACCCAUUAUAAGCCUGGAGGAGAAACAAGUUCUGUGCUUUUCUAAAUACUGAAAGGUUGUUUGCCCUGCAGACUUUCACGUUUCUCUUUUUCCUUUCUACUUUCCCCUUGCUCUCUCCUCCUUUCCAUCCCAAGGAAUGUUUUCUGUCUUUGUAGAAUAUAUUCCCCAGGCAACUUACUGUUCAUAUUUUUCUUUACCCUCUUAUCCAAAUAUGGUUAAACAAUGGCACGUAUACUCUUACUGUGAAUUAUUGGGAACUCUGAUGCUUAGUAGUUAACAACAGAUAAUUCACACAUCAGUGAAGCUUUUCUUACUUUUUCAGGAUGUUACUUGCUAUUUUCUCAUAUCCAUAUUAUUGAUUUAUUAGCUUUUUAGGUGACAUUUGGCUUAGCUUGCUUGGACAGAGGAAGGAUGAGAUGACUAGUAUUGAUUAACAGCUUCUUUAGUCCUAUAAUUUAUACCUAAGUCAGGUCAAUGGCACUGUAUCUGUGUCUGGACAAUCUACUCUCAUCAGCUGAAGGCAUUGGAAAGACAAACCUCACACAGGCACCACUGUCCUGAGUGUUCUUGUUCUUUGAUUUUGUCAGUGCUACACUAGUGUGUGUGUAUGUGUGCCUGUGUGCAUGGACACUUCAUGAUUAAAGGGUGACAGUCAUUCUUCUUUGUGACAGCUGGUGUGCACAGUUGGUGGCUGGGAGGAGGUGAGCAGAGGUGCAGCAGGGUUUAGGUUCCAGCCACUGCCAUCAGGCUCCACUCAGCAUUUUCUGACAUCACCAGUCACCUUUUUUGACAUCUCCCCAUCUCAUUCACAGUGAUCAGUGGAAGAUGUGUUCUCACAUCACUUAUGAAUAAGACAUAAAUAAUUCUUAAUACAGGGAUUUGCAUAGAAAAGAGGUAAUCCUUCAAGACACAAUGAGACAUGAUAUUAGGCAAAAAUGGCAUGUCAAAAAUUUAUUGGGACAUAGUGCCUGUUGGAUACAGGAUGCCUGAUUUGAAUGAUCAUUUGUUUUAUGUGUCUUGUGCAUAGCUUAGUCUUACUGGGUAUAUGAAAGUGUCCAGAGAACUGUUAUUGCAAUAUGAUGCAGCAAAAGUAGCUGAAUAUUUUGAUCUGUGUUUUCCUGAUGCAUCCUUUUUGAAUGUAAAAUAUGCAGAUGAGGACAAUUCAAGUAGAGUUUUCUUUCAUAAGAAUGAGGGUGCUGUCAGCAAUUUAGACUUCUCCUCCAAUGCAUUGCAGGGCCUGCCCACUGGAAGGAGGUUUUUCCUGUCGCUAAUGGAGACCGUCAGUCACCCAUCGACAUCAAAACUGAGGAAACCAAGUAUGAUCCCUCCCUCCGUCCUCUAAAUCCCAGUUAUGAUCCAGCUUCUGCUAAAAUCAUCCUUAACAACGGGCACUCCACCAGUGUGGAGUUUGAUGACACCGUCAACAAAUCAGGUCAUUGCUCAAAAAAUACUGAAUUUUCUAGGGCUCAAAUUUGGCUUCUGGGGCACCAGUGUGAAUGCUGACUGGGGGGCCACUCAGCGGGACCUACAGGCUGCGCCAGAUUCACUUCCACUGGGGAUCCAAUGAUGAAGCUGGCUCUGAGCACACGGUGGAUGGGAUGAAGUAUGCGGCAGAGCUUCAUGUGGUCCAUUGGAAUGCAGAGAAGUAUUCCAGUUUUGUUGAGGCAGCUUGUCAGUCAGAUGGACUAGCAGUCAUGGCUGUAUUUCUGAAGAUUGGUGAAUGUAACCCUCAGCUGAACAAGAUUACUGACCGCUUGGACACCAUCAGAAUCAAGGGAAAAAAAGCACUAUUCACAAACUUUGAUCCCAGCUGUCUGCUUCCCAAGUCCCUGGACUACUGGACUUACUUUGGCUCUCUCACUGUUCCACCUCUUCUUGAGAGUGUCAUCUGGAUUGUUCUGAGAGAGCCCAUAAGUGUUUGUUCUGAGCAGCUGGCCAAAUUCCGCAGCCUCCUGAGCACUGCUGAGGAUGAGGCCGCCUGCUGCUUGCUGAGAAACUUCCGGCCUCCCCAGCCUCUGAGGGGACGAGAAGUCAGAAGGAAUUGAAGGAGUAAAUCCAGAGUAGGCUCCCUCUGAAACCAAAGGCUGAAUUCAUUUUAAUAGUUAAAAUACUUUGUGAUGUUUUGAUUUUUUUUUUGGUGAGUUGUUUUAACCAAUAGUUGUUAGUGGUUUCCGUGCAGUCAUUUCUCACAGGCAAGUAUGUCUAGAGUUAUCACAGAUUCGUUGAUGUUAACAGGUCUGACUGGGUUUGAGUGCAUUGGAAGCACUGAGCCAUCAGCAUUGCAGACACAAAGGUCACUGCUAAUCAUAAGGGUCAAAUGUGGGGAAGGAGUUGUCCAGAUUUUGCUACCAAAUUACUGAACAAGAUCCUUGGUAUUAUUGACAGUAUAGGAUGUUCUGGGAUUAGUCUUCUGGUCUCUAACAUAACAUUUAGCUUCUGCAUAAACCUCACAUUGCAUUUGUCAAGAAAAAAAAAUAUUUCAAGAAUGAUGUAAUUUCGUUGCUGAUUUUUGCAAUACCAUACUUACUUUUCUACAAAAAGCAGUAAUGACUAGCAGCAUUUAAGUAAAACAGAUAUUUAUAUGAGUCUGUUAUUCUGGCUGCUUCAUAGCAGUAAUCAUGUACUGAUUGAUAGUUUUUUUUAAAGCAAAUAGUAAGGAUUUUGUAUAUUACAAGAUCAUGUCAGGUUGAUUAGGUAUUCCUGAAUUCCAAAAUGUCACAAGAUAAAAUGGUCCUGAAACCUGAAAAAACUGCAAGGUGGAAGGGCAUAGAGGGAGCUGUUUGUGCCUAAAUCCAGUUUAUUGCACUUGGUAAAGAAUAAGGGAUUAUUACACUAUAUCCAUGUAGCAUCAGACUUUUGCCACUUAAAAUCAAGAGGCAGGGGUAGCUGUUGUUCCAGGCUGUUGCAUGCUGCAGUGUGAACCACCUGCUGCUUACCUCUGCUCUCGCUGUGGAGCACAGUGCUGCCCAGGCAUAGAAUGUGUCAAGGUGCUGGCUGAUGUUCUGCUGUCAUAGGUGAACUUCAGUGGUUGCACUUAUAUUCCAAGACCAAAGAGAAUAGUCAGAGAGAGCCAAAGAAAUUGGAAUCAAGUCAACAUCUAAUAAAAAGCUCAGCCCUCAGUAGCAAUAUGUUGAAACAUCUGUCUUUAUGAGUUGACUUGAGCCAGUGUUUCUCUCAGGAGCUUUUUUUAUCUCAAUAUGAUUGGGGUUUUUUACACCAAAUAUUUUUGUUAAUGAACAUGCCAUAGGGUAUAGCUUAGGAUAGAAUUAGAUUUACUCUUAAGCUGUGAGAACUAUAUAGUGAAAUCCAGUGAGUGAUACCUGAAAGAGGCAGCUAGAGGUUUUACUGGCAGGAACUAACACAGUAGUACUUCUGACAAAUUUGUCUUCCAUAACUGCUCUCCUUGAAUUAAUUUUUAAAUAGGUUUUAUAUGCUCUGCCUUUUACCUCAGUAGGUCAUUUGAUCUUAGAUGAACAAACAUAAGGGAAAUCAAUCGGGAUUGACUUUUUAGAACAAUAAAUGCUGUUUUAGAACAAUAAAUUAGACAUAGAGAUAUAGAUAUUUUAUCUUAAUUUAGGAUAUGUAGAAUUCCUUGUUUUCUCCUCCCCAGAAUAUAGCUGUUAUAUUCUGGAAGGCCUCCCAAUGCCUUUUGAAUACUUUCUGAAGAAAAGAACACAGAUCAUUGGAGAAAAAAAAAGGCAUUUAGCAGCACUAAAAGGAAAAGUGAGAGAGUGUUGUAUGUUUUCACUGUCUUUUUUAGACUUAGGAUUGGAUCUCAUAUGUUUCCCUGUUAUGUGAGUAGCUACAGAAUGUGUAAAAAAAUGUUUACAAAUUGCAGGAAGGAUACAAAGGAUUUGUUGGUCUCAGAAGGGGAAGGAAUAAGGCUACUGCUUCAUAUUGUAAACAGAAGUUUUACAUAUUUCUUACAUAUUGUAAACAGUAGAGUUGACUCAAUUCUUUUAUAUUUAUAAGGAUUUUAUCAAAAUAAAAUAUAGAUUUUAUGAAUGUG